CUUAGGCAGAUCCUCUCUCAAUCUCUAUCUUGAACAUGAGAGCCCAAUUCCGGGGAGUUCUCACCUUGGCGCUCAUGGUCGCCGUGUGCGCAUUGCUCUAUGUGCUCCUGUAUGGACAAAUCUCUGAUCAUAGCAUCGGCUAUUUUCAAAAACUACAACUAGCUCCUCGGGGAGGGCAUCUCUGCGAAACGAAUUGUCCUUGUAAAAAUACAACAGGAGAUGUUUUUACGGCUGGAUCCGGGUCUGCACACAAGGAGACCCCCAUGCUCCGGCUGCAAAAAAAGGACUUCAAGCAAUAUCCCAUCUGGGCUUCUGAGGAUGUUUAUGUCCGGGACAAGCAAAAGAGGCAGAUGACCUGUCCCCAGUCUCUGAGGAACUCCCAGAACACAGGCUUCAAGCAGGCCUUUAUACCAGACAUCCAGAUGUACCUCCACGGAGAACUACUCAACGUGUCAGAGUGGAACAGACUAGCCUACUUCAAUAACCCCUUUGGCUUUAUGGACUACACUAACUACACAGAGAUAAAGGCAGUGGUGGAUCUGAUUCCCAAGCCCAGAGAGCCCCUGCUCUUGCCACGGGGAAACCCUGGGUGUAUACGCUGUGCUGUGGUGGCAACAGGAGGAAUACUCAACGGCUCUAGGAUGGGCAAGGAGAUAGAUGCUCACGACUAUGUGUUCCGGAUGAAUGGUGCCGUAACCAAUGGUUACGAGGAGGAUGUAGGCAACCGAACCUCGGUCUACGUUCACACCGCCCACUCCAUCACCCAGUCUCUUCUCAUAUUCAAGAAAUACGGCUACAACAGUGCACCGCAUGACAAGGGUAUAAAGUAUGUGCUGAUUCCAGAGGGGCUGAGGGAUUUCCAGUGGCUAAAGGGUCUAUUGGGGAGGACAACUGUCUCUGAUGGACCCUACAGAAACAGACGACCGUGGAUGCAAUACUCAGGAGAGUUUGAUGAGAACCGCUUCUAUGUUCUUCACCCUGACUUCCUCAGAUACGCCCGUAACAGGUUCAUGUGGUCCCAGGCACUGAAGGGUUCUUAUUGGGCUAUAUGCAGACCUACUAACGGAGCAUUCACACUCUUCCUGGCCCUGCACACCUGUGAUGUGGUGGAUGCGUAUGGAUUCAUCACUGAGGACCACAGUAAAUAUCCUAACUACUAUGCUGAGAGACACUCUAAAACCAGAGUCAUCUUCUACGCUAAUCACGACUACAACCUAGAGAUCAAGACCUGGAAGAAACUACAUGACACCAAGAUCAUCAGGCUUUAUCAGAGACAGGAGAGCCCAGAGAGAAAGACAGGAAAGCCAACAGAACCAUAAAACCCUGUCUGACUGCAGAGAUGAGCAAAGAUACAUUGACAUGUCAUGUAUCUUGUUACAAAAUAAACUAAAGACCAAUGCAUUUAUAUCAGAAUAAACAACAAAAUACUGGUGCCAAGAAAUGUAUUUAAUUCAAAAGCAUGUAUUAUCCAUCCCAUGCCAUCAGGGGCAACAGUGAAAGCUGUUACCUUCAAGUAGGUUUAAGUUUUUCUCGGGCGUUGUGGACGGGGAUGGCGAAUAGGUAUCUGCCUCAGGUGCCAAAGGUAGCACGCUCGAAUCCAGCAAUUGAAAGGUGUUUUUUAGAUUUUUGUUUUAAGCCUAUCCCAAACCUUCACUCUUACCUUAACCAUUUGGAGUUCAUGCCUAACCUUACAAUUUCAGAGUUAAUGCCUAAACUUAAUUCUAACAUUUACAAUUCAAAGUUAAUGCCUAAACUUAACCAUAAAUACUUACAAAUUUGACUUUUGCAACAACUUUGAAAUUUGACGUUUGAGAAACAUGGACGUGUUUAUUUCUGACUUGAGACUGCAAGAGCUAGUUGACAAAUAGCCAAUAAUACUGGUGCCAAGUAAUGUAUUUAAUUAAAAUACAUGUAAAAUACAUUUGUAAGUAGCCCCUUUCUAUAUGGUUUGUGUUAACAUUGCUUUCAAGUUAUUUGUCAACAUAUUGUGACGUGGAAUCUACAUGGAAAAUACAUUGGAUUUGGAAAAGUAAUCAACUGUUGUUUUGAGGGUGAAAUUUCAACCAUUGGGUUAUGUCUUCAUGGUAACCACAUUUCAACCAUUGGGUUAUGUCUUCAUGGUAACCACAUUUCAACCAUUGGGUUAUGUCUUCAUGGUAACCACAUUUCAACCAUUGGGUUAUGUCUUCAUGGUAACCACAUUUCAACCAUUGGGUUAUGUCUUCAUGGUAACCAAAUUUCAACAUACACAAACCUUGUAUAAAAUAUAUUGAAUGUGUACCUUGACAAUCAAAGGAUUCAAUAGCACUUUUGAAAUACAAAUAAAUAGCCUAUUAAGUUUUUGUUAAGUUAACAAAUGAUAUGUCAAAUUCACAUUUGCAAGUCAACCUAAAAUAAAUGUUAAUGAAUGCAAUUAAACGAUAUAAUCUCAACUGCAAUCCAGGUAAUUUGGUUGUGCUAUUAGAUGAAGCACAGAGAUAACACAUUAUUAUGUUGUAUGAAUAAACCAAAUAUCUGACAUUGUAUUCACAUUUGAACAUUGCUGUGCUUUUAAAUGGUUGAAAGCGCAGUGAUAGAGAUUUGGGUGACUAAGCCAAAAAUUUAACAUUGUUUUUCCAUUUGAAAUUGGUUGUGCUUUUAGAUGGUUGAAUGACGUGUUGUGCCCUUUGGGAAAUGUCACGUUUGAGGGGUGCACACGAAUGCUCACAGCUCACAGCUAAAAACUAAAUGCUGAUAUCGGGAUUUAGCAGUGAGUAUGUGAACACCAUGAAAACACACAAGACUGAUGGCUAUGGCUAUGCUCAACAAGUAUAUUAUUAUUCUGGCUUUAUCUAGUUUUAUUUGUGAUAUUUUACCUUGCCUCACUGGCUUGCUAACUUCCUAGGUAAUCAAUCCUCCGAUGACAUCUGUGAUGUUGUAGACGAUAACCACCGAGGUAAAGAUAGGUUCAAGUUGGAACUUUGACGGAUUUUCGACGGAUUUUCACUCUUUCAGACCUCAAUAGCUUUCAAACCACUUGAGCCACAGACUCCUAAUAAGUGUCAUGAUGUUGGAAAAAUGGUGCACAACAUUGCUCAGGUCUUAUUUUCACGAUUUGGACAUUCAUUCACUUUCCAAAGCUAAUAAACAUGUGGAAAUAUGAGCAGAAUUUUGUAUUCCUAGUUGAACUAGUUAGGGAGCAUAAACAAAGUACAAACUUUUUUACAUCCAUAGCUCCAUGGUCAUGUGACCUACUGACUUCAAACAAGGUUCAGAAUGUACACUCAGUGGGCCUACACACUGCACACCCUUUAGUUUGUUCAUUUUCAUCUUACUCGAUUUUACAUUCAUUUUUCAAAGUGAAAAACUUCAAUCACUCCUUGGUCAUGUGACCUACUGGACUCAAACAAACUUCAGAAUGUCCACAGACUAGCUUUAUAUAUUGCACACUCUUGUUUGUGUACGGUAAAAUCAAGCAGUGUAACAUACAUUUUUCAUAGUUUUACAUUUCAAUAGCUCCUUGGUCAUGUCAAUUACACACCUAAGAAGCAUGCAGUGGACAUACACCCAUAUUGCAUAACCUCUUGUCAUGUAUCUUCCAUAUUGUUGUACAUUAAUAUUAGUUUGACAAUUAGGGGGUUCAGUCCAGUGUUGUGUUUACCCUUUUCUUUAAUAUUUAUUGAUAAUAAUUGGUAGUCCUAAGUACUUAAUUUCCCUGUUUUUUUUUAUUUUUGCCACAGUAUUUAACAGCGGUACACAAUAGGAGAGGGACAGAUAAGAUUUCCUUUCGUCGUUAAUAUCAACCAUAAUGUACUGUACAAGAGUCAUGCUAUUAAUUGUCCAAAGCAGGGAUGGAGAGUGAGCUAGUGAGAUAGGCUGCAGUGGGUUUGCUGGGCAAUACAUAUACUGAACAUGUAACCACAGUAAUUAAUGGUGACCAUAAAAUCAAUGAAUAA